CACAGUGCCACUAACCACUGUUAAAACUCCACCAUAACACAGUGUAGCGUAAUCGCAUUUGACGUAUACAGUAGUAUUAGGCAAUUUUUCUUCAAGAAUGUUUCCUUCCUUCUUUGUGGUCACACUGGGGUUGUGCUACUGUCUCAAGGAGAGCAGUCAGGUAACUCUGGUGCGUCCAGUACUUAUUGGCCCUUCAGAGGCAUUGGUGAAAAGCGUUGUAGAUUUUGAGUGUGCACUGGAUACCUACCCAUGGAAUGACACUGUCCUGUUCCAGUUAUAUAAGGAGGAUAACCAUGACAAGUUGCUGGGCGAAUACUCCUCCAUGGAUUGGGAGACUGCAGUCAUCCCCAUCUUAGUCAAACCUUACCAUGAGGGCAAUCUGGAGUGUGUGGCCAAGGCUCAGAACAACUCUGACAUAGAGCCCAUUGUCAGCUACACACACUAUCUGAAGGUUAUUGAACCAGUGAAAGGUGCAAAGAUCGACAUCCUUUCAGGUCCAGUGAAGUUUUUUGAGGGGAAGACACUGAAGCUACGCUGUAAUAUUACCGCUGGAACUCACGUUUCCUACAAGUGGCUGCUGAAUGGUCGGCCUAUCUCUCAGUCUCCUCUCCACCAUUUUGCAGAUGACAGUCUCUGGAUCUACAGGACUACUUCCAAAGACAGUGGCUCCUACAAGUGUGUCGCCACCAACAACUUCAACAACACCCAAUUCUUCACCACAAACAGCUCUGAAGUUUUAAUCACAGUCAAAGACAUGGUGUCAGUCCCUGACAUCUCCUUCACCGUGUCAAAGGAAGAUUCCCAAUAUUCUGCCAUAGUCACCUGUCAGUCAACCAAAGGGUCUCUGCCUAUCACAUUUUCACUAUACAACAGAACAGAAUUGGUUGCCAGUAUGACAGUUGAAGAGACAAAUGCUGCAUUUGAGGUUCCAGUGGUCUUGGACAGGCACUUGGGAUGGCUGCAGUGCCAGGCAAACAAUGGAGACCGGACCCAAUACAGCGAAUGGAUUCCCCUUGAAGUUGUCCCGGUUGGUGGGCCUGUGAAGAUGCAUUACGACUAUGACACUGGAGAAAACUACGCUGUGACCAGGCUGAGGUUCUACUGCAAGGCGGCGAAGGGAUCUUUUCCACGAUACCAAUGGUUCAUCAACACAACCCUCCUACAUGACCGAGGAAACUUCUACUAUGUGGUCAACCAGCCCCCAAAGCAGUCUGUACUCCUGCUGUCUGUAGGGGGGAACAGCUCCGGAACGUACCACUGUGAAGUGUCAGACAGCUUUGACAACACCACCGCCAUAAGCAGCAAGAGGCGGUACUUGGAUAAAGACGUGCUGAAUCGCCUCCCUACCCUGGUGGUGGCCGCUGUCUUUGGAUGUUUCAUAGCCCUGAUUCUCCUGGUCUCCGUCUGUUGUUUGGUUGGAGUGAUGUUCAGGCGAAGGGUGUACGGAGACAAGUCUCUGAGCUUGGAGAUGGAGAAAAUGUUGGCUGCGUAUGAGGGAGAGCUGGAUUUGUCAGACUACAGUGAAGAUGCUGAUGUUGUGGUGGCAGCCAGAGAGGGUGAAUUUGAUCAGGCUUCUGAGGCCUCUGCAGAUGAAUGGCCCCAAAUUGAAGAAGAGAAGAAGACCUUGUAGGACAAACCAGUUGAGGGACCCUGAGGGGUCAAACUGCUGUAAACACAGGCUGUUGUAGUUAAAUAAACAUCUGCUCACGAUGCUCUGUGCUGUCACGUCUUUUCAGUGUGAUGAACUGGGUUAUCUAUGUCAGCAGUGUUUGUGGUGGUAAAAUAAUGUUAACAGUCACAUGAUCCUGGCUCCUAAGGGACUGUUCUUUACUUGUCAGAGGAGCAGGGUGGCUCGGGUGUGACUGAUUUUUUAAAAAUUCCCGGAGCAACAGGUAUUUUUCCCUGAGCCUCCCUGAGUGACCAGCGGAAAAUGCAUGACCCUCCCUCCACCAUGAAUUAGUUAUUAGAUUUUUAAAUCGUACACCUUGAUGUUUGAAAAUUAAACAUUAAAAGCUGAUAAUGUAAUCCUGAAGUAGCUAAUGUUGUGUAUGCUGGUUAGUUUGUGCAAAGUUCAUUUUUGGCCAACUUUUAAGUGAGAUGUAGAAUAAAGUGAUUUUAAUGAGAUAUUUCUUGAAUGAGUUUUUGUUUUUGUUUUUCUGACAGUAGCAUUUGUUGCACAUGAUGUGUCCAACGACUGUGGGAAAUUUGAAAAUCCAAGAUAAUUUCUGUUUUUAAUAAAAGAAAUGUAUAAAAAAUGUCAUACACUAUCUACAUCAUGUUGCACGCAGCUGGUGUAUGACAUUUUUUAUGUAAAAGUUGAACAUAAAAGUUUUUAAAAAGCCUCAGUUUUCACUCUUGUUGUGUUUGCUGGUUGAUUUGUGCAAAUGAGACAUAGAAUAAAGUGAUUUUAAUGAAA